CUCCAGGCGGGGCUGACUCGGCUGUGUGCGGAUUGAAGCUGUCCGAAAGUGAAACCCUCUUCUGUGGCGGUGGCAGCUCGCAGCGAGUUAUGGAAAGCAAAACAAUAUGGAGGGUUUAAAGUUGCAGUCCGGUUGCGUUGUGUGGGAGCCUGAAGUUGUUACUAAGAGACGUUAUGGCGGAAAAAAGCAUGGAACGUUCUGAAUGCUUUUCCAGGCAGCGGCAUCACUCUGGUAAUAGAAGCUGCAUUUUCUCGUUUCUCAAAGCUGUAGCAGAAUUGGCACUGCCAGCAGACACUGGGGAGCUGUAAGGACUAUGGAACCUCUGCAGCCCUGUAGAUUUGGAAGGCUUAAAUCCAGAUUUGGAAGAACCCUUUCCAGUCCAGAUGAUUCGCUGGUUUAAGAGCUUAAUGAGGAUGAUUUUUGAACAAGUUGGACUUAACAUGGAAUCUGUACUUUGGUCAAGCAAGCCUUAUGGUUCAUCUCGGAGUAUUGUGAGAAAAAUUGGUACUAACCUCUCUCUAAUACAAUGUCCAAGAGUUCAAUUUCAGCUUACUUCUCAAGCCGCAGAAGGAAAUCAUCCUCAUCAAUUUAGAGAAGAUGCAGUGGCUUCUUUUGCAGAUGUGGGAUGGGUUGCUCAAGAGGAAGGUGAAAUCUCUACAAGGCUCAGGUCAGAAGUGUGGUCAAAAACAGCCCAGCCCCUUUCAGGUGAACUACAUGGAAAUUCUCUGGGCAGACCAGACUCCAUACCAAACAUGUUACACGAAGAACCAGCACCCAGAAGCACAGUAAUUGCAAAUGAAGAAGCUCUGCAGAAGAUCAGUGCUCUGGAAAAUGAACUAGCCACUUUAAGAGCACAAAUAGCCAAAAUUGUUAUCUUGCAAGAACAACAGAAUCUGACAGCAGCUGGGCUAAGCCCUGUUGCCUCAGCUGCUGUCCCUGGUGUGCCACCACCACCGCCUCCUCCUCCUCCACCGCUCCCUCCCCCAGCACUGCAGCAAAGCAUGUCUGCCAUUGAGCUCAUCAGAGAACGGAAACACAGAAAAACAAACUCUGGACAGAUUCCGACAGAAAAUGGGCCAAAGAAGCCUGAAAUACCAAACAUGCUAGAAAUCCUCAAAGACAUGAACAGUGUGAAACUACGCUCGGUGAAAAAAUCACCGGGAGAUACAAAACCGAAAGCAGCUGACCCCACAGAUCCUGCAGCUUUAAUAGCAGAAGCACUCAAAAAGAAGUUUGCUUACCGAUACCGAAGGGAUAGCCAAAGUGAAAUUGAAAAAGUAAUUCCCAAGUCUGAAACAAAGAAUGAAGUGGUGCUGUUUGGACCACACAUGCUGAAGUCUACAGGAAAAAUGAAGACUUUAAUUGAAAAAUCUUAAUGUUCUGAGAUCACUACGUGAAAGACCGUCAAGCUGCUUUGUCUGAAGUCUCCUGUGUUGCAAAUAGCAUUAGUACCAAGUGGUCUUAUGCAAAGCUGAAGAAAACUGAUGUGGAACUAAACAUGAAGUUUGAGGUGCAUGUUUGCAUGUGAUUUACCACAAGGAAUAAAUUCGACCUUAUACUCAGGUAUUAAUUUUGUAUUCAAACCUGGCUUUAUAUGUAGACUUACAUGAUGGUUCUUGUUCAGUAACACUAUGUUAUCUCUACAACAUUCCUUGUGUAUAACUGACUGCCUUAAAACAUUGUGUACAUGUUAAUAAUGACAGUGAUAUACCCUUACGUUAAUCAUUCAUUUGAGCUCUAAUGGUAACUUGCACUACAGUGUUUACUUUGAUACUGACUUUUUCCAUGUCAGUGUUUCUUUUAAACUUCAUUUUAGCAAUUUUUUAGCCCCCCUCCCCCCAAAAAACUGAGUACAACUGUUUCAUUCUGAACCAAGAAAAAACUGAAAUCUGCUGCAGAAGUCACCUGGUGUGAGACUUUUAGUAGCAGCACAGAGUUGCAGUGCUAAGAUAGCAAUACUUACCAUCUUGUGACCAGCAUACAGAGUGCUGUGGGGCCCUCAAUGCUGGUAUUGCAGCAAACCUGAACUAAACAGGAGGUAGCAGCAGAGUGAAAGGAUUACUGUCAGAGCACGUGUUAGCCAGAGCAGCAGUGGUGUAGAUAAAAAAAAA